AUGUAUGUAAUUCGUCUGUUUGGGCCGUUGUUGCGGCAGAAUUGCCGCGCUUGGCAACUUGGCGCUCUUUUGCCUCUGUGCCGUGCUGCAGACAUCGGAGCCAGUUGGUCUCGUCGCCACGUAGCGACGGACGACACUACAGAUCGUUUCAGGCACGUCAGUGAAUCGCUUCCGCGCCAGCAAGCCACCCAUGAUGGACCUGAAUUUACCUAUCAGUCGGCAGAGCCGCUGUCUGAUGAGUCUGCAGAAGCGCCAUCGGGGUCUUUUGAUGGCGCUGAGAAACCCAAGAUUGACAAAGCCGCUAUAAAGAGCAUCCCGUUGGAAACCAUCGAGGACGCAGUGCUAAAGUUCGUGCCGGAGACGAUCAGGGAAAGCAGUUUGGGUACGUUGCCACGACCAUGCAAUGCAGCACACCUUUCAGAUGAUGAAUUCCUGACACCAGGCCAGGCGUUUUACCUGGAGAACCGCGACAAGCUAUUCGAGCAGUUGCGUCGAAGGUACUUCGAGGCUACCAGUGAGGGUGGGAGCGAUCAGGUGACUGAUGGAGAGAUCGAGAGCCUGCUGCCACUGCUGAUGGAGGAAGAACAGUUCGGAUCCUACGACCCGGAUCCCGUGGUCUCGCCCGGCAAGCACCACCUCUGGGACUACAACACUUCCGAGGUGGCAGCAACGAGGAGGAACGUGCACCUGCGGAAGGGCGAGAUGCCUACGCUGCAGCAGGUCGUUGAUAUUCUGGAGCAGGUGAGUACCGCUGAAUGGUACCCAGAGAGAUCGCAGGAACGCAUGACCAACGUCGUGGUUGUCGACAUGGACAGCUGCAAUCGCCGUGAUCAGGCGAUGUACUGCAUAGUGGCUACCGGCACGACGAAGGCCCACUGCAGCGUCCUUGUUGGUGAGCUUCUUGUACACCGCGGCGAAGGUCUCCAGCUUGUCCUCGAUGCUCUCGUUCUGCUUGUCCUUGGGGUCGAGGUAGACGCGGAGCACGCGGCUGCCGUCGCGCUUCACGCGCAUGACUUUGCCGACAAUCUCCGUGGGCGCUGCGAUAUCCUCGAGGAUGGCCUCAUGGACGCUGGUGAGGGACCUGUUCCUGGGCCUCAUGCGGAACUGCUUGCCGCUGAAGUUCUUGGGGAGGAUGGUGCGCUGCGCGAUGAGGACGACGUGCUUCUUGGUCUUCUUCUCGAGCUCGAUGACCAGGCGUCCGUGGAUGCGGCGGACGUGGGUCAUGUACACACGGUAGGGCACGAAGAUGAUGACAGCGCUCUUCUUGAGGGCUCCCACCUCGACCUCCUUGCAGUGCGAGAAGGCGAUGUUCUUGAUAUCGCCCUUGAGCUCGGCGUUGCCGCUGGACUCGAUGUAUACCAGGCACUUGGCAAUCUCCUUGUCGAGGGGAGUGACCUCGUGCUUGCCGACGAUCUUCUCGUCGACUGA